CCCAAAUCAUUCCAUAUUCACUCACCUCUAAAUCAAUCUCUUUCACAGUUUUCCACCAAACACUACUAGAAAACAUGGCUUUGGGAAGAGGCAGUGCAUUGGUUCUCCUACUCUGCUUUUUUGUUCUUAACUCUGAGUUGGCUCAUGCUGUAACCUACACUGUUGGAGGUAAAGGUGGUUGGACCUUUAACACAGUUGGCUGGCCUAAUGGAAAACGCUUUAGGGCCGGUGAUACACUUGUCUUCAACUAUAGUCCAAGUGCUCACAAUGUGGUGGCUGUGAACAAAGCAGCAUAUGACGGCUGCAGUACACCAAGAGGGGCCAAAGUGUAUCGAUCAGGAAAGGAUCAGAUCAGACUUGCUAGGGGACAGAACUACUUCAUCUGCAAUUUUCCUGGUCACUGCCAAUCUGGGAUGAAAAUUGCCGUCAAUGCUGCCUAAAUUUUAGUAUAUUAUAUACUUUAUAACUAUCAUACCAAUAAUAAUGCAGUGUUCAUCUUUUAUGUGUGUGUUUCGCAAAUUUCAUAACCUCUGGUUGUGUUGAGUUCUUAAAAUUAAAUAAGAGGAUAGAUGGGUGUGAAGUGUUAAGUGUACCAUGUUUGUUAUCAUGGGUCUAGUAAUAAGAAUGGUGUAAUAUGAUUUUUGGAUCACUUUGAAUGAACUACACAUGACUUUAAUUUCUACAA